CCAUCAUCAGUAUAAUUAUUAUUACCAUCCACAUACAUACAAACAAACAAGAGUGUUGUAGUUACAGUUUCAGAAUGAAGAAUAUGGUUAAAUUUCUAGUACAUGUUACAUUUCUUGCCUGGCUUUCAUCGAACCGUUUGUUUUGCAUUAGUAGUGCGAAAAUCCACAAGCACAGGAAGGUAGGAAAAUCCAAUAUUAGUGCAUAUCCUGGUGGUGGAAUGUCGGAAAACAACGAUGCAGAUAGUUCCACCACCUUUAAUGUAUUGAACUAUGGUGCUAAAGGCGAUGGCAUUGCCGACGACACAAAUGCGUUUGAGGCAGCAUGGACUGAUGCGUGCCAAGAACAAGGAUCAGUGAUGUUGGUCCCGUCAGGAUCGGUAUUCCUCGUCAAACCUAUCUCCUUUUCAGGCCCCAAUUGCAUGUCCAACAUUGUUUUCCAGUUGGAUGGUAAAAUAAUCGCUCCAAGGAGUUCGGGAGCGUGGGGAUCAGGGCUCUUACAAUGGCUGGAAUUCACGAAACUGAAAGGAAUAACAAUCAGAGGUAAGGGAAGUAUCGACGGUCAAGGGUCUGUCUGGUGGGAUGACUACUCGACAGCAAAUCCAACCGACGAAUCAGACGCAGCAGGUUCUCCAGAUUGGGCAAGCGCUGAGGCUAAAGGAGGAAUGCCAAGCACCAGGCCAACAGCACUUAGAUUUUACGGAAGUACCGAUGUUACAGUGACGGGGAUAACAAUUCAAAACAGCCCACAAACACACUUAAAAUUCGACGAUUGUAUUGGGGUUCAGGUCUUCGGUAUAAGCAUCUCGUCCCCUGGAGACAGUCCCAACACAGACGGAAUCCACCUCCAAAACUCCCAGGAUGUCGUCAUCCAUACCACCUCUCUUGCCUGUGGAGAUGAUUGCAUUUCAAUACAAACAGGGUGCUCAGGGGUAUACGUUCACAAUGUGAACUGCGGACCUGGGCACGGUAUAAGCAUCGGUGGACUAGGGAAGGAUGGUACUAAAGCUUGUGUCUCCAAUAUUACCGUUCGCGACUCUACGAUACAAAAUACGUUGAAUGGUGUAAGAAUAAAGACUUGGCAGGGCGGGUCAGGAUCAGUGCAAGGAGUGAUGUUUUCCAACAUUCAAGUUUCUGAAGUAGAAACUCCUAUAAUUAUCGACCAAUUCUAUUGCAACGGGCACACAUGCCCUAACAAGACAUCGGCUGUAGCCGUUUCUGGUGUUUCCUAUCAGUCCAUAAAGGGAACUUACACGGUUAAUCCUGUGAGUUUUGCAUGCAGCGACUCCACACCGUGUGCCGGGAUAACGCUAUCAAGCAUAGUACUGAACCCAUCAUCAGAGGCGAAGAAUGAUAAUCCCUUCUGUUGGAAGGCCUAUGGGGAGCUGCAAACAGCCACCACUCCUCCUAUUGAUUGUUUGCAAACAGGAGGUGCUUCCCAUAAACAACCAAAUAACAAUGGGGGUUCAUGCUGAUCAAUAUUUUUAUUAGACUCAAUCAUAAAUAUAUAGUUGUUUGUGAAAUUUACAAUAGGAUAUGAGCUUGGUUUGAUGCAAGCAAAAUUUAAGAGGAUAAGUGGUAUGUAUGAGAUCAUGUAUUUGUAGCUUAAAAAGUUGAAAAUAAUAGAAUAUUAGUAUUAGUACCAUAUUA